UUUUUGCGCAUGCGUCUUGCGCAUAAUCAAAAUAGUUCGUAUUUUUAUCUCUGAACGAACUUCACUUGUCUAAGCUAAAGAUUAACUCUGGUUCCACCCGUAAAACAAAUCGGGAAGCAGAGAGAGAUAUUUCGUUUGUACAGUGAUUUCGCUAGUGUUUAUUGUGUUUGAUAAACCGGCGUCGCCGGUUUCGAGUGUUAUGAAUCAAGUGUAGCUUCGUACUAUUGCAACGGGAACAUGGUCUUCAGUGCAAAUAACAGGCUCACACAUGUAUGCAGCGAAUGUUUUUGUUGACGAGUACUACCAGACUGUUAUAAACUGCCAUGUGGUUUGCUGCAUAUAACAGGUUUUUGGACGAUUGAUGGAUACCUGCCACAGUGCGGAUAUCUGUGGGUGACGCGUACUAUUCCAGCUAACAGUUUUGGUAAGAAUUAGGGGUCAGCAUACUUCAGAAUAAAGCAGAUAUCCAUGUGCUGAUUUCCAAGUGUUAUAACUUGACUUCCUGGAAGCUUCUGCAGGAGAAAAUGAUUCUUAGAUGACUUCUGUAUAAAUAGCAAGCAGGAAGCUUUGACAAUGGCACCAACAAUCCAAUCCAAUAUUAAUACUGAGCGGGAUCAGCGCCCAGUAAGGCCAGGAGAGAAACGAUCUGAGUUAGUAUGCAGGGUAAAAUAUUGUAAUACUUUGCCAGAUAUUCCAUUUGAUCCCAAAUUUAUAACAUAUCCAUUUGAAUCAAUUCGAUUUAUUCAGUACAACCCCACAUCUUUAGAAAGAAAUUAUAAAUAUGAAGUUCUUACAGAACAUGACCUUGGAGUCCAUAUUGAUUUAAUUAAUAAAGAUACAUAUGCUGGUGAUCCUGGAGCAGUCUUGGAUCCUGCAGAUGAGAAGUUAUUGGAAGAAGACGUUUUAACACCACAAGACUCAAAACGCUCUCGUCAUCAUGCACGAAGUGUCUCCUGGUUGAGGAGAACAGAAUAUAUUUCUACUGAACAAACAAGAUUUCAGCCUCAGACUAUGGACAAAGUAGAAGCGAAGGUUGGUUACAGCAUUAAGAAAAAUUUCAAGGAUGAAACACUUAUUAUGGACCGGGAUAGUCAAAUUAAAGCAAUUGAGAAGACAUUUGAGGAUUCUAAGAAGCCCAUUGAGAAGCAUUAUAGUAAACCAAAUGUUGUUCCUGUAGAAAUACAGCCAGUAUAUCCAGACUUUAAAAUAUGGAAGUAUCCUUGUGCCCAAGUUAUUUUUGAUUCUGAUCCUGCACCAACUGGUAGAUCUUUCCCAGCUCAGAUUGAAGAAAUGUCACAGGCAAUGAUACGAGGUGUCAUGGAUGAGAGUGGAGAGCAGUUUGUAGCAUAUUUUUUGCCUACUCAAGAAACUCUAGAGAAAAGGCGCAAAGAUUUUACAAAUUGUGUUGAAUAUGAGGAUGAAGAAGAGUAUGACUACAAAAUGGCUCGUGAAUACAAUUGGAAUGUGAAAAGCAAAGCAUCCAAAGGUUAUGAAGAAAACUACUUCCUUGUUGUACGUGAGGAUGGGGUUUAUUAUAAUGAACUAGAAACGAGAGUUAGACUCAGUAAGCGGCGUCAAAAAGUGGGGCAACAGCCGAAUAAUACAAGAUUGAUUGUACGUCAUCGCCCAUUGAAAGCUCAAGAAUAUCGUAUGCAGAGGUACAGGGAGCGUCAGCUUGAACCUCCUGGUGAGGAGGAGGAAGAAGAAGAUGAAGAGGAUGAGGAAGAGGAGGAAGAAACACAGGAACAGCAGCAGCAAGAAGAUGGGGAAGAAACACAACAGGAUGAUAAAACAGAACAGAGAGAAGAAGAUGGCGAAGCUGAUGGGGAGGACUCUGAUGGUGAAAAGGCAACAGAGGAUGGUGAGACACAGAAUGGCGAAGCUGCAGAGGAAGAUGAUGACCAGGAGAACAGUGGAAAUGACAGUGCUAUUGCCAGUGAGAGUGAGAAGGAAGGAAGUGACAAAGAUGAGAGUGACAAGGAAGCAAGUGACAAGGAAGCAAGUGACAAGGAAGCAAGUGACAAGGAAGCAAGUGACAAGGAUGGUAGUGACAAGGAUGGUAGUGACAAGGAUGGUAGUGACAAGGAUGGUAGUGAUAAAGAAGCAAGUGAGAGGGAUGAUAGUGAUAAAGAGGCAAGUGACAGGGAAGCUAGUGACAGGGAAGCGAGUGAUAAAGAAGAGAGCCAAGAAGAAAAUGAGGAAGAAGGUGAAGAGGCAGAGGGCGAAAGACAAGAAACAGAGAUGGAAGUGGAAGGAGAGGAAGAAGAAACAGGCACAGAGAAAGAGGCAGAAGAAGACCAAGAGGCUGCAGCUAGUGCCAAGGAAGAUGGCAGAAGUGACAGUGAGGAAGAGGGGAGUGCUAGUGAAGGGAGCACAUCAUCAGGAAGUAACAAAUCACAGUCAGGCAGUGGAAGCGGAAGUGGAAGUGGUAGUGAUAGCAGUAGCGCCAGUGACAGUGAUAGCGGUGUGUGAUAUUUCACUUUUUGUUGCUUGCGAUGUAAAUAUUUGUUUUAUAGAUUGUCAUUGUGUGUGAGUAUAUACACUGUGUAAAUCUGAUCAUGAAUGACAAUUCUGUCAUGAAAUAGUAAUUAAUUCUCUUAUAUUUUGUGAUUUAUUGUAAUAAAUAGUGAACUUGAUAUUCACUUUGAUGACAAGGAAAUGCUUGCCAGGUGGUUAUACCUGUCACGUGAUGUUCUCUGAUCAGAAUAUAAUAAAAUCCAUGUUCAUUGAA